UCAUGCUGCUGCCAAGUCCAGAGUCUGUCAUGGGUCCCUGUACGGCCUACCCAUUGCUGCUGUCUCAUCGCCACACUAUGCCAUGAUGCCACUUUCAGGUCUCCUCACACUGCUGGUGUGUUCCAUUUUUUGUCAUAGGGUGCUGGCAGAUUACGGGCCUCCCAUAGCUGCUGCCAGGCCCCUAAUCUGCCAUGGGCCCCUAUACCGCCUCGUCAUGCUGCUGCCAAGUCCAGAGUCUCUCAUGGGUCCCUGUACGGCCUCCCAUUGCUGCUGUCUCCAUCGCCACACUCUGCCAUGUGCCACUUUCAGGUCUCCUCACACUGCUGGUGUGUUCCAUUUUUUG